AACUGUCCACCUGUGCAGAACUUCCCAAUGUGAACUCACCAAAGAUAAGGAAAAGAGAAGAAUAAACUUCUUUAAUAGUGUAAACUAAAGGAUUGACAUUUGCCUGGACAGCGGACACUUACCUGUUGCUGCCGUGCGUGUCCAGCAGUGACUCCUGCACCCGUCUGCUGUUUCUUGGUCACCGCUAUGUUCGCUGCGGCGACCAAGAACUUUGUGAAGCAGGUGGGAGACACAGGUCGGUUGAUCCCCGUACCGAGUCUGAGUGAGGCUGACCGCUACCAACCGCUCAGCCUGGUCACCAGGAAGAGGAAGAGACACUUCUGGAAGAAAACCAAGUAUGCCUCAACCCCCUUCUCCCUGAAAGACAUCCUGGUGGGGGAGAAGGAGAUCACAGCAGGGGUGUCGUCGUACCAGCUCCUGAACUAUGAGGACAAAUCUGACGUGGCCCUGAACGGCAGAUUAGGGAACCACCUGAUGAACGACGUGGGGUUCAACAUCAGUGGUUCAGACUCUGUGGCCGUCAAAGCCUCCUUUGGGAUCGUCACCAAACACGAGGUGGAGGUCCCAACUCUACUCAGGGAACUCAACUCCAGGAAAGUGGAUCUUGAUCACUGUCUGAUUCGUCAGUCCAAAGAAAGUGGGCGGAGCGUUCUCUGCGUUGUCAUGGAGAGCAUCCGUACGACUCGUCAGUGUUCUCUCACUGUCCACGCUGGCAUGAGACGGACGACUAUGAGGUUUCAGAUUGAUGAUGGUCGAAACCCCAAAGGUCGAGACAAGGCCAUAGUGAUCCCAGCUCACACCACCAUCGCAUUCAGCAUCUUUGAACUGUUUGUUCGAUUGGAUGGACGACUUGAUAUCUGCGUAAGCCCUGAGUCGUCAGGCGGAUUUGAGAAGGAGCUGAUCAGAGAGCAGCUGGGUGGUUUCAUUGGUCGAUUCUCUAUGGGACGGCUACGCAGGUUCCUGUCUGGGAUUGUGUACGGAAACCCCUUCAGAGCAGACGACAGGACGUUUGAGGAGCUCACGCACACCCACUCAGACACCUAUAUGGACGACGUAGUGACAGACUACUACGAAAAAGCAGCCAGCAUGACGGACGUCUCCACCGCCUAUCUGAGAGGGGACUCCCACUCCCGUGUCAACCUCCUCAACCACAACAUCCCCAAGGGCCCCUGUGCCCUGUGUGGCCGGGGCCAGACACCGAGGGAGACGGUCUACGGCUGUCUGGAGUGCUCCUCCGGUGGGCACAAGUACGUCAGGCUACACGUGGUGCCCUGCUUCGACCUGUGGCACAAGACGCUCAGCUGAAGAGAUGGACUCAGGAAGAGAGAGUGAGAGAGAGAGGUCUGAGUUCAUCCCUCAUUAGGCAUACAGUACCUAACUAAUAGCUCUGUGCCAUACUGACAGUCAGAAAACUGGGGCUGGCCAAUGUCUGUAGUACUGUAUCUUAUUUGGAGCUGCCCUCCCCUCCCCCUCGAUGGAUCCUCCCAAGUGACUCCCUCCGUGACUCCCUCCGUCUACAUUAGUCUCCUUUUCUCUAUUCCAUCUGUAUUCCAACUAUUUCAUCUACAACUUGACCUGUGUUCAGUGUUAUUGUUCUGUGUGAAGCAGCUGCCAGAGUCCCACAAGCACAACAGGAGUAUGUGAAUUAUUCAGACGAGGUAUUAAAAAUGGACAAGAGGAUGGUGUGAAGGAAAAAGGCCAUGAAGUUUCUGAGGCACAGUGCAGAAGGCAACACAGCCUCCUUGGUUUUGGCCUCAUUCUGCUGGUUUCAACGUGUGUCGUCAGGUCGUCAGGUCUGACGUUCAGUGUUUGUAGUGGGAUGUUCUGACCUCAUCAGGUCAGUGGGACAUUGUAAUGGUGAAAAGAUAGUGAAGAGGCUGAAAAACUACAUUCAUACUGCCAUGGUUACAUGACA